UUGAAUGUACUGUGUCAUGCAAUAUUGACAGCGUGUGGCCAUGGGUCAGCCAUAGCACAGUGAAUUCAUGGUAUUCUGUUCUCAAAACUAAAAUAUAGGAUUGAAACUAACUUGAACGCACUGUGUCGUGCAAUAUAGGUAGCAUGUGGCUAUGGGUCAGCCAUAGCACACAGGGCCGGAUUAAGCUGUUUCGGGGCCCAAGGCUGCAUAUGUUACGGGGGACCCAUCCCUCUAGCCCCCUUCUGUAUAUUGAAAAUCAUACUUGAUACUACAACUACAAAGAUCAGAAAACUUGCAUUUGUACACAGUUGACAGUUACAUUAUAUAUAGAGCAAAACAAGUUAAACAACUUAACUAUUUUAUUACCUGAACUUAACAUACAUGUUACAUGUAACAGAUUCCAGCCUAUAAGUCUCUUUUACGACACUUCAGCUUUGAACUGAACACGCUCGUCAACAGAAAACGCCUCAAUGUCAUCUGGUUAAGACUCCACUAGAUGCGUUGCACAUUUCCGUAGAUCAUUCAUGGUCAGGACUCAAGCUCUGUCAUGAAACCAGUUUGUGAAGACCAGAAUAUGCGCUCCGCCGCUUGGGAAGUUCAACAGUGAGACAAUCAUCUAAGCUGUAUAAUGUGUGAAUUCGAAAAUUGUCGCGUGCACUCAGCUCCGAAUUCGCAUCUGGUGUCGUACUCUCAUCACGAUAUAGUUUCUGCCGUUUCUUACGCUUAUUCGCAUCCUGCUCUUCGUUGAUUGCAACAAUCGCUUUGGCCUUCUCUUCAAUGUGAUUGUCGUCAAUUGUGUCCAGAUGUUGUCAUGACUAUACGGGCAAGUUGUUUAAUAAACAGAGAAACUAAUGGUUCUGAAUGGAUAUACAACACACAAAGAAAAUUGAUAGCACAGUAAAUAAAAGCGAACUUAACGGUUACAAUUCGACAUACAUCGGGAAACUGGUUAAAUCACACAUACGAUUUCUACUGCAUUCCCGAUAGAGUCGUUCAAUGUCGUAAUAAAGAAAGAUAAUACUAAAUGGAAACUGGCCGUAGGGGGGCCCUUGAAAAUCGGGGGCCCUUGAAAAUCGGGGGCCCAAGGCUGCAGCCGUGUUAGCCUAGUGCCGGCCCUGAUAGCACAUUGAAUUCGCAAAUAGUGUUCUCAAAACUAAACUAUAGCAAUGAAACUAAAUUUAAACCGCGUAUACUUACUUUAUAACCUCAAGUAGGGAAAUGGUCAACGGCCUUGUAGAUACAUAUCCCCGGUACAUAUCGCUCUAUAUUUUACAACACACAGUGUUUACACCACUCGGACGAUUAUACCUGAGAUCUACAAUACAUAGUUUAUUUAAAUCAAACAUAGGAGCUACACACGGAAUAAAGAAACGUGUGGGUACUACUGCAAAGCUGCAUGUUGAACUGUUGAAUGGCGUUUAAAGAAUAAGUUACACUCAGAAUGACAUUCUAUUUUAAACAAGUUAGACAGACCUAAAGGCGUAUAGAAUACGCAUAGAUUAAAGUGCAUACAUUGUAGUGAAAGUGAAAGUAGAGAAGCAGCAAUGGAUAAACUUCAGAAGUAUUCCGUAGAUGCUCACGACUUCAUGGCUACACACAGAGUGUCUGUGGCGGUUACUUUAACAACAGCUUGCGCCCUGUUUGCCUUGCGGCGCUACCUACAGGGCGGGGUUUGUCGCUCUACAGUGAAGCUCCACAACCGGACUGUCCUCAUUACUGGGGCCAACACUGGUAUUGGCAAGGAGACCGCCAGGGACCUCGCUGGAAGAGGUGCGCGCGUGAUCCUGGCCUGCCGAGAUAUGAAUCGCGCGCAAGAAGCGGCAGACGACAUUAAACGCUCAACCGGAAACUCGAACGUUGUCGUAUACAAGCUGGACCUAGCUUCACUGGAAUCCGUCCGCGACUGUGCCAAAGAGGUGCUUGAAAAGGAAGACCGGCUAGAUAUCCUUAUUAAUAAUGCAGGGAUCAUGAUGACGCCCUACUGGAAGACCAAAGACGGAUUUGAGAUGCAGCUGGGCACCAACCACCUGGGUCAUUUCCUGUUCACCAACCUGCUUUUAGACCUUGUUAAGAAGUCGGCGCCCAGUAGAAUCAUCAACGUCUCCUCACGGGCCCAUAUGCGUGGUUUAGGUCGGAUAAACUUUGAGGAUCUGAAUAGCGAGAAAGUGUACAGCCCCAUGAAUGCAUACGCCCAGAGCAAGUUGGCUAAUAUCCUCUUCACGCGGGAGCUUGACAGACGACUGAAAGGUACCGGUGUUACUGCAGUCAGCUUACAUCCGGGCGUGGUGGCCACGGAGCUUACCCGCUACAUCGAAAUCCCUAUCUACUUCCGGUUGCCAGCGUACGUGCUCUACAAUGGGCUGAUCCAGCACCUGAUGAAGACGCCGACUGCUGGCGCUCAGACCACCCUGCACUGCGCGCUCGAACCGGAAGUGGAACAACAGUCUGGAAAAUACUUCAGUGACUGCGCGGUGCUCGAACCCACAACCUUUGCUCAGGAUGAUGAAAUGGCCUCCAAGCUGUGGUCUGUUUCUGAGAAGAUGGUGGGGCUGACAAAAUAAAUGAGACCCCCUCUAUGUUUUGUAUUUAAAAAGUUUGCAUCGAUAUACCAUAUUUUUGUCGGUGAGUUCUGUGAUAUCCGGCGGUUGCUUAGUAAUCAAUAUUGUUAAACAGAAUCCAGGAAAUAGAGCGACGUUUUACAAUUUAGUUUUAAUAAAAUUUUCGUUACAUCGGAGUCCAUUGUUAACUUUGUUCAUUAAUUUUGCUUCUAUGUUAACAGUUAUUGCCGCAAUGUUUUAGAUUCAAUAAAUAAACUUCGAACUUUUGUAUUGAA